UCACCGCUCUUCAGCUGGUCAAGCUGGAACCCCGCCGCAAUCGCACUGCCCGCAUCGAAAGACGCAUCGGCCAUACUGCACGCCGAUGUCGGCAUCCUUGAGCCGGAGGCAGAUCUCGCGAAAGUGCUCGUGGUGCCUAUCCUGGGCCUCCUCCUCCUCUUGGCUGCCGUCCUUGUCCCCCUCGGCACUGCUCGCGGCGCCGUCGAAUAUCAGCACGGCCGUGUGGUGCUGGUGGCAGUAGCUGCUGACGGCGUCGCUGCCGUUGCCACCCGGAAAUUGAUUUUGAUAUCCAUUACUCGUUGUGUUAAAAGCAAACGUUUCCAAUUGGCCGCUACUAUACGAACAAGCAAGCCAUUCCUGACGAUAUGGAUGUCUCUUAUCUCUAACUUAUGCUGUCGGGCGCGAACAGUAACGCAGUCUAUCAUCAUCGGUCUCCAUCGUGAAACGCCCAUUCGCCUCUGUAAACGCACGCGGAAGCAGGACGAAGGCGUGUAACGAACACACAUAUAGAUAGUCGCAAAGGAACUAUAAGCAGAUGGUGACCGCUUCCCAUAUUGGUGUGACCGCCUACAUCUCAUGAUCAUGUCAAACACGCUACUCAUGAACAGACAUUCUUUUGUGCUUCCGAUGGAGCCUUCGAGCCAUUUGGCGAAAUCAAGC